GCCCAGCCCAGCCGGCAGCGCGGAGCGGAGCGGGCCGGGCUGGGGAUUCCCUCCCCGCGCCGCCGAGGUCGCCAUCUUCGCCCCCGAGCUCGCCUCGGACGCUGCCGGCCAGGCCCCCCGGGAGCCACCGGGAGCCUGCGCCGCGCCCGCCCGCUGCAUGUGACCGCCGGGCGGCAGCGGCCUCCUCUCCUCCUCCGCCGAUCUCGGCUGCGUCCUCCUCCGCCCCCGGCGCGGCGGGGACGGGGCGCGGGGCGCCCGGCAGCGGGACACGGCGGUGCGGGGGCGCGGCGGGCAGACAAAGGAGCGGGCGCCGCCGUGGGCAGCGGCCACGAGAACGUGAGGCUCUGUGACUUUGAACUCUGAAGCUGGAUAUGCAUUAAACUUAUUGGGGAUCUCUUUACUGAAUAACUUGCUGCUUAAAGAAAGGACUAGAGUAACUGAAGUUGGGAAAGUCAGGUUCACAUAACGCUAGGGACCAAAGAAGCAUACAUAACAUUUCUGUGGUGCUGGGAUCAACCUUCUGAAAGAAGACUAAAAUAACCUUUUGCCUUCAAGUUGUUUGUCCUGGGACUGACUUGUCUUUGGAGAAAGAGCUCAACAGAAAAAAAAGAUUUUCACAUUGGAGCCAUUAUAAAUAAACCUGUUUGAAGAACUUGCUAUCUGCAGACAGGCUUAGGAAGGUUGAGUCCUGCAUUUCAUCUGCAUUCCCACUUCAGACUGUAAACAAUGAGUGAGUUUUGGUUGUGUUUCAACUGCUGUAUUGCAGAACAGCCUCAGCCUAAAAGGCGACGACGGAUUGAUCGGAGCAUGAUUGGGGAGCCAACAAACUUCGUUCACACAGCUCAUGUAGGAUCAGGAGAUCUGUUCAGUGGGAUGAAUUCAGUCAGCUCAAUUCAGAACCAAAUGCAAUCCAAGGGAGGCUAUGGAGGUGGCAUGUCUGCAAAUGUUCAGAUGCAGCUUGUAGAUACGAAGGCAGGAUAACCUUGGGGAUACUUUUCCAGUUUAUGUGAAUUCCUGUGUCUUCUUUCCUGUGUCCUCUCUUUUGCCUUGGUGACUGCUUUCUGUGCUCAUGACAAGAGAAGUGAUGGCUCAUUGUUCACCCUUUGUGAUUAGUCCAGUGAAAAGUUGCUGUUUUGCUCUGAUGAUGCCAUUUAUCAGAUUGGUCCAACUGUGCCUUUCAGUGGCAUGCACGCAUUGGCCUCUACCAGUAUCAUGGAUGUAGAGCUGUUUAGGAUUGGUUUUCACUUUUUUGUUUGUUUUAAGGCAAAUUAAAGCACCAACCUUAGCUUUCCUCAUUCCUCACAGAUACUAAUGCACAACACCGUGUUGCUUUAUAGUGUUUUAAUCUUUUUCCCUCCACUCGAGUAAUUUAGAAAUGAAUGAGUUUCUAUUAAUGUCUUCAAUCACCUGAUGUUGACACCCAUUUUUGAAAGGUCUGGGACCUUGCAAGCACAAGUAAUUAUUUCGUACAAAAUCAACAGAGUAGAUGACCGCAUGCUUUGUGAGGUUGCUUUGUAUGGUGGCCUGCUUGGUGCUAAAAGAGAAAAAAAAAAAUUGCUUACUGCAGAUGUGAAAAAUUUUGCUGUGGCACCAAGUCAUGCCUGUUUCUGAAAAAGGACUUGUAACUUAGCUGCUUCAGAGUUAUGUCUUUAUUUUAGUUUUCACACAACUGGCCUUGAAAUAAUAAAGAGAGAACUUGCAUUCAUGAGGCAUUUGUUGUAAAUGUUCGGUAUAUUUAUUUUGAAAGAGCUGACCUUGAGACUGUAAACCAGUGUAGUACCGUAUCUAAGUGUUGUGGGAUUGCUUUAGUCUAUUUAAAAAGAAGAGCAACAUGUUUGGCUGCUUCUUUUUCUUUCUACAGUUCUUCUUAAUUUUAAGCUGUACGGUCAUUUCCAGUAGCAGCAUGUCAGACUGCCUGCAAUAUUAGCUGAAAAGUUUAGUAGACCUUUCUAAGUAGUUGGCAGUUUCUGUGUACUGAAUAUUUAGGGGCCAUGGAAGUUGCUAAGAGCAACAUACUGAUCUGGCAGAACAGGUGCCAAUGAAAACAACACACAGGGUGACUUUUUAUUAAGUCAGUAAAUUGCCUUUUGCUCAGGUUCCGAAGCAUGUUUCUUUUGUAUGUUGUGAAACUGCAUUUUAAUACUGCACUGUUUUCGGAUUGUCUCUGUAAAUGGUCCCUUUUUUUGCUCCUUGUUGGUGGUUUGAGAGGCGUCGAAGAUUUGAGUCCUGCUUACAUGAAAUUUUAAUGUGAAAAGAAACCCAAAAACAUCCCAUCCAAUAAGGCAUUACUGAGCUCAAUCAGAUCCAUUUUUAUAUGCAAACAUGCAUGUAGAUUGUUGUCAUAAAUGAUUUUUUUAUUCUAUUUCCAUCAUUUCCCUGAUUUCACAUCGCAACAGCUGUCUGGUUGAUUUAAACAUUUCUGAACCUACCUAAUCUCCUCUCUCUGUUCAUAAACAACACGUAAAAUACGUUGGCCAUGGAGGUAGUUUGCCUUCCCUAAGUUGUAUUUCAGUGGUAGAUGUCACUUAUCUGGUUGAAUAGUUCAAAUUAGGUUGGAUAGUGUUCACUGAUAAAGGUACUGAUUCCUGAUGACAGAAGAUCGAGAUGUUCAGUUGUCUGGCUGCAUAAACACAUGGCAGUGCAGUGAUAUAUUUUUUUUUUUUAGGGGUUAAUAUUUCCAAUGCCACUUUAUCAAUGACUCUUAAUUAUACUACAAAAUUAUUUCAAAAUUAUUUGAUCUUUGUUACUGGUAAUAGCAGCUUAAAUUUGCUUGCCAAACCUAUCUUGCACUUGCCAAAAUGUUUUCAGCUCAAAAGCCAGGAAAAAGAAUUGACAUAUUUUUAUAACAGACAUACUUUUUUUGUACAUUGUGUUCAUUCUUGAAUAAAGUCAGUUCAGUGUUGGCUUGUAGAUAUUAAAAGGAAAGUAUUGACUUUGAUUCAAUAAAUGUUUUCUUUCAGUU